UCUCCCGCAGCUGGGUUAACGCUUGCAGAAGACGACCGACAGAGUGAAAUUUGUGUCACAUAACGACAAAAUUUGACCGACACGAUGUCAGUUACUGACUGUGGUGAAUGAACGCAUUGUGUUUUAAGCGCGAUAAUCCUAUAAACGCCGCGUUUGUCCGCUGUAAACUUGUAAAUGAUCACUGGCGCUGGUUUUCUGGAGCUGCUAUUGAAACAUUGUAUCCGCAGUGACUUAACAUCACCUCGUCCUGUCUCACCUUUAACGCAGGUGGAGCAUGAGCGUGGUGUCGGAGAUCUGCUGCAAUGCGUGCUAUUGGCUGUAGGAUGAACCUGCCGGCACUGCUGAAUGGCCUGCUGGUGUCCGUGGUGGCAGCCUUGCUUUGGAAAUACGUUCGCCUGAUCGAACACACUUCACAGUUGGAGGAGGAGCUACAGCUCACGCGCCAAUCACAGGAGUUCUCACAGGUGCGUAUCGACUACCACGGCGCCCUCUUGGCCCUCCAAGAGCAUGGCACCAGAAUGGUAUGCACGGGCAAGAUGCACACAGACCGCAUCUGCCGCUUUGACUACCUCUGCUACUGCACGGAGGCAGAGGAGUUUGUGUUCUUCCAUAGCAAUGCCUCCGUCAUGCUGCCUAACCUCGGCCCUCGACGUUUCCAGCCUGCCCUGCUGGACCUCUCCUCCGUAGAGGACCACAAUACUCAGUACUUCAACUUUCUCGAGCUCCCGGCCGCAGCUUUGAAGUUUAUGCCGAAGCCUGUGUUUGUCCCAGACGUCACUCUUAUUCUGAACCGCUUCAAUCCCGACAACCUAAUGCAUAUCUUCCACGAUGACCUUCUGCCCAUCUAUUACACCAUGCAGCAGUAUUCAGACUUAGAUGAUGAGGCCAGGCUCGUCUUUAUGGAGGGCUGGAGCGAGGGGGCUCACUACGAUCUCUACCGCUUGCUCAGCAGCAAGCAACCACUGCUCAAGGAGCAACUGAAGACUUUUGGGAAACUCAUGUGCUUUACGAAAUCCUAUGUGGGACUGUCAAAGAUGACGACUUGGUAUCAAUAUGGAUUCGUACAACCUCAAGGACCCAAAGCCAACAUACUGAUAUCAGGAAAUGAGAUUCGACAGUUUGCUUCGUUUUUGAUGGAGAGGCUCAACAUCACGAGAGCGGAGAAGAUGGAGGAGGACGAAUACAUAGUUGUUUUUAAACGUACCACUAACAGGCUGAUCCUCAAUGAGGCUGAGCUUAUUCUGGCGUUAGCCCAAGAGUUUCAGAUGAGGACUGUCACUGUGUCUUUAGAGGAGCAGUCGUUCGAUAGCAUCAUCCAGAUUAUCAGCCGAGCAUCUAUGUUGGUCAGUAUGCACGGAGCCCAGAUGAUCACCUCCAUGUUCUUGCCUCGAGGCGCUGCUGUGAUUGAGCUCUUUCCGUUUGCUGUUAACCCAGAGCAGUAUACUCCUUACAAAACCUUGGCUUCUUUACCCGGCAUGGACCUUCAGUACGUUGCAUGGAGAAACACCAUAGAGGAGAACACUGUUACGUACCCCGACCGGCCCUGGGACCAGGGAGGCAUCGUCCACUUGGAGAAAGAGGAACGAGAGCGUAUCCUCGCCAGCAAAGAAGUGCCGAGACAUCUUUGUUGUCGUAAUCCAGAGUGGCUUUACCGCAUUUACCAGGACACUAUCGUGGACCUCGCCUCUUUUCUACAAGUACUCCGAGAGACUUUGAAAACCAAGCCUAAUCUCAAAAAGUCCAAGGUGGCCAGCACAGUACAUCCUGGUCGAGUCAGAGAGCCCAAGUGUCAGACGUCGGUACAGGCGACCAAUGAAGCAAAGCUCUUGGUUUCGUGGCAGAUCCCUUGGAACCUAAAGUACCUAAAGGUUAAAGAGGUGAAAUAUGAGGUUUGGAUCCAGGAACAGGGAGAAAACACAUAUAUGCCUUACAUUCUCCCCCAUCAGAACUACACUUUCACGGAGAACAUCAAACCCUUUACCACAUAUCUAGUAUGGGUGCGCUGCAUCUUUAACAAGAACCUCUUGGGCCCAUUUGCUGAUGUUCUUAUAUGUAAAACAUGACUUGGCAGUCGGGUUAAACUCAAUGCUGUCGUUCACACAGCCGGUGGAGAAUUCAUUUGAAGGGUAAAAUCUCAGGAGCUCUCCUGAGAGUAGCGUGUGUGAUAUUAAACCUCGGUCGGCGCACUGAUGGUCUUUUGAUCUUGAUUGUUCUUCAUGGGAGUGCCAUGACCUGGUGGAGAAUGAAGGAAUGCAGAUGAUUGAACUGCAAAUGCGUUUAGAUUAUAGAAGAAAGCUCUCGAUUGCUUUAUUUAUUAGAAAUGGAUUACGUAAUUUAAAUUUGUAUUUAUAAGUCUAAGACACUGGUGAUGUCUGCUUGUGUUGACCGAGAGACUGCAAACGUAUCUGUGGUUUAACUGAUUAUGAUCAGAAUUCUAUGUAACUGUUAGUGUGACCUUUCAAUACCAAUGUUUGUGUUGUAGUUUUGCAUUGGUUUUUAUUGUGAGGAAAUGUGUUUAGUAAUCACAAGUAAAUACAAGAUAAAAUGAGCUUGAAGAUUUUCUACGAUUUUUAAAGUAGGUUGUUUUGUAAAAGUAGACUGAAUUGACUUAGUUUUUCCGCAGUUUGUUUACUUUCUCUUAAAAGGAUAGUACACCCCAAAAUGAAAAUUAUGUCAUCAUUCACUCUCUCUCAUGUUGUUACAAACCCGCAUCAUUUUCUUUGUUUUAAUGAACACAAGGAAGAUAUUUUAAGAAAUGUUUGUAACCAAACCCUUCGUGGACCCCUUUCACCUCCAUAGUAGGAAAAAAGAAUACUAAGGAAAUGGGGUCCACAAACAUUUCUCAAAAUAUCUUCUUUUGUGUUCAUUAGAACAAAGAAAUUUACAACAUGAAAGUGAGUAAAUGAUGACAGAAGUUUCAUUUUUGGUUAAAGUAUUCCUUUAAUGCUGUCAGCCUCAAAAUCAUGAAUUAUUGUUUUCCUGAUCAGUAUUGUUUGUCAGUGAGAUUCUUUGUUUGUAAGCUGAUUUAUAAAAUCCUAUCACAGAUGUUUUGUUCAGCAUAAAUGAUUUUGGGGCAGUUUCCACUCGAGGAAUCCCAUAAUAAAUUAAACUUUAUUUCACGUUUCAGCUAUAGCCUUGACUUCCAUGCUGAUGCUUCCUCAAAUCCAAUCCAAUUGACUCCUUUAGAUAGAGUCCAUAUACUCCUACAGGGGCUGCGACCCAAGGUAAACAAAGCUUUUAGCCACAAAAUCAAGUGUUUAAUUAAAAGGCACCAGAAUUUAAAAAAAAAAGGUGUCUACCCCAGUAAAUGUUUUUGACCCACCAACAUUUUGUUUUUGCUUUCGACACCCAUGACGUCAGUUCAAGUUAUUUUUAAAUUAAGGCAGAUUAAACAGGCAUUUUAGUCUGGAACUAGGAUAAGCCCAGUCUGGGAAACCGCCCCAUGAUGAUUUAACUUAUGUGGUCUGACAUGUUGUGUUCAGAAAUGUUACAAUUUCAUUUACAGCAAAUUUGUUCAUAACAUAUCAGCAUUUAAUUCUAUACUUGGUAAGUAUGGAUGAUUGUUGCAGCAUAAUGGUAAUGGAUUUCAGCUGGUACUGUAACACAACAGAAAUAGUUUAAACCUUGGGCAAAUACACAAAAUAUAGUUACUGAUGUUGUUUUGGAUAAAAAGCAUUUAUUCAAUUUCAAUUAUGGGAGUAUUUCAAUAAAAGCAUUUGUGACUGCAUAGUAGAGGUCUUUUCGGCUCCAAAGAAAUGUGCAAACCCAAGAAAUUUAGACCCAUGUUUGAUCCGUCCCGGUAGCAAUUUUUUUUAAUCCGACUGUACCCGGAUGUAAACGGCACCUACGUGUGUGCAUUAACCAGUCAGACAGAAAGAAACCCCGGUGACCUUGCACCCAUUUGGCCCGCUGCUCCAUUUAUUUUCAUUUGUUAUCUGACGACGACACCAAUGUGCAUUCAAAAUUGAUUGACAGGUCUCUAUUAAUGAAAAUUAACCUACCGCAAACAGAAGAGGGGUUAAAAAGGACUCAAUGCACACACACACGUUCAGGUCUUCUCUGUCCGUUUGGCAAAAACACAUUCAUUUUAAAUUACCUGAGGCCGCUUAUAUUAUACCUGACCCGUAACCGAGGCACAUGUGAAACUUUUAGCCCCAAAUGUGCUCGGUUCGGACCUCUGGUUUUUGGAUCUUACUGGACCUGUGAAAACCUCUACUGCAUACACCUUAAAGGUGCUUUGUGUAGAUUUAAGGGACGUCUUGCAGUGAGUUUGCAAAUUGCAACCAACAGCUCAGUCCACAGCUCACCCUAAAAAUGGCUCACCCACAGCAUGGAGAAGCUACAGUAACAACCACAGGACAAACAUGUCGUCGUCUAAGACAAUGGAGUGUCAAAACGCACUCUAAAAAGCGGUUUGUCCAUUUAGGGCUACUGUAAAAACAUGGCAGCACACGUAAGGGGACCCGUGGUGUAUGUAGAAAAAAGCGCCUUAUUCUAAAGUAAUAAAAACAAUAUGGUAAGGUCUUUAUACACAACUGAUAAUAUAGAAAAAUAUAUAUUAAAUUGCAUUUCUGUCAAGAGAUCUUUCUAAAAGUUACACAAAGCACCUUUAAAUAAUGCAGUAUUAAAAUUUUUAUUGAAUAUGCCGUUAUAUGCUGCUUGAAGAAACCACUGUUUGUUUUCACUUUCAGUGUUCUGUCAUUUAACAAAGUAAUGAACAUAAUAACUAUAUCGUGGGCUGCUUAAGAUAAGGAUUUAAUACCAAUGUUGGCUUUAUUUUGUUUGUUUGUUUUAGUAAACAUCCUUCAUCUGCAACCUUAAAAAGGUGACUUAUGGAUUAUGUACUUUAUCUCUGCUAAUUAUUUUUCCAAAAAGACUCUGCAAAGCUAUAAAUAUUGUAGCGCAGGUUUCUUAAAGGGAAAGUUCACCCAAAAAUGAAAACAUUUCAUCAUUUACUCACUUUGAUGUUAUCCCAGACCUGUAUGACUUUCUUUCUUCUGCUGAACACAAAAGAAGAUAUUUUGAUGAAUAUUUGUACCAAAUAUGAUUAGCUCAAUUGAAUUUUAUUGUACAGACACAAAAACAUAAAGACAUUUCUUAAAAUAUCUUCAUUUGUGUUUAGCAAAAAACAUAUGCAGGUUUUGAAUGACAUGAGGAUGAAUAAAUGGCAGAAUUUGGCGAACAAUCCCUUAAUAGGUCGAAAUUAUACAGUAUUUUAACUUAUUUUGUGAUGAAUGAAUGAAACAUAUCAAGUUCAACAGAAAACCACAUGCUCUUUUUUUUCACCAUAUUGGUAUGUAUGACACUUCAAAGCAUCUGUUUUUAAGCAGUAAGGUCAUAGUUUUAAUAAUUUGAGUACUGUCAACUUCACUUAGAAACUAAUUCAACUGAUGCUUGAUCAGAUUAAACCAAGGACAUUUCUAACUAAAAUUUCGAAUCCGAAAAUCUCGGCCAUGCAGUUUGCCUCUGCCAAGCAUAACUCUUGUGGUAAUUUUGUUCAUGUAAAAUGUGAAUUGAAUAAAUUAAUUCUGUUUGUAAUACAAAACUGUAGAAAUGUCCUGUGAGUAUAAGAGAGGAAAGCUAGCAUUGUCUCUAUUUUUAACCUCAAUCCAAGUAAAAAAAAAGUUCGGUCAUGGUUGAGUACCUCUUUGGUUUCUCAUUCUCUCAUUUUAAUCAUUAGUAGGGUGAUCAAAAGGGAAAGAUGUGUGAGUCCAUUAAAUGCUCCUGGUCCUUGUGCCAGCCAAUGACAUUUACCUUUAUGUGCCACUGUCACUUUUAUUAAAUGUACAAUUUUUCAGAUGUCUUUGUCAUUCUUAUUAUUGAAAUAUGCCAUUAUUAUUUUUUUUUAAUGUGUUGAAUUACUACUUAUAUUUUCAGUUUAAUGUUUUGUGGUUUUUGUUAACAACCAAUGCAUUAUUAAACUAAAAU